CAAUAAACCCGGCAUCAAACAGACGCAGAUUUAGCCCCCCGAGGAAAUUUGAUCUAUAAACAACAGUUAGCAAUAGUAGUUUUCCAAACACAAACACAGAAGAUGUUUAAAAGCACGUUUCAGAGCGGAUUCCUCUCCAUCCUUUACAGCAUCGGCAGCAAACCUCUGAAGAUCUGGGACAAACAGGUGAAAAAUGGCCACGUCGAGAGAAUCACGGACAAGGACAUUAACUCUUCGGUGUUGGAAGUUGAAGGGCUGAACGUCAGCACCACCUACAUCACGUGUCCCGCAGAACCAAAGAGCACACUGGGCAUCAAGCUUCCUUUUCUGGUCAUGAUCAUAAAGAACCUCAAAAAGUAUUUCACUUUUGAGGUCCAGGUGUUGGAUGAUCAUAAUGUCCGGCGGCGUUUUCGGGCGAGUAACUAUCGGACCUCAACACAUGUGGCGCCGUUCAUCUGCACCAUGCCCCUGAAGCUGGAUGAGGGGUGGAAUCAGAUUCAGUUCAACCUUGCGGACUUCACCGGGAGGGCGUAUGGAACGAAUUACGUCGAGACGCAGCGUGUACAGAUCCACGCAAACUGUCGCAUUAGGAGGGUGUAUUUCUCUGACAGACUGUACUCCGAGGACGAACUCCCGGCAGAGUUCAAACUUAAUGUCAAAAAUACGAAGGCCAAGCAGUAGACCUUCUCCACCUCUCGUUACCUCUCUUCUUCUUCUACCUGCUCCAUUCUCCUCCGGACUCCCUUUCCGUUACAGUUUUCAAUGCAUUGUUGAUAAAUGAUAAUAGCACCUGAUAUUUUUGGCAAUAGAAACAAAGACAAAUAGACAAGUUCAUUC